AUGCGCGCAGCACCCCGCACCCUCCGCAUCGCGAUCCUCGAAUGCGACGAACCCAUCGGGCGCACAAAGGAGAAAUACGGCGGCUACGGGAAUCUCUUCAAGGAACUGCUGGAACGCGGCGCGCACGAGGUGAACCGCAAAAGCGAGGAGAAGAAGGAGAAGGAAGAGGAAGCGCCACCGGUAGAACUGGAAAUCACCAAAUACGACGUCGUGCACCACGAAGUCUACCCGGACGUGGCGGCGGUGGAUGCGGUGCUGUUGACGGGCAGUCGGUAUACGGCCUUUGACGACGACGCGUGGAUUCUGAAACUGGUGCGGUUCACGCAGGAGUGUCUGGGGAGCGGGAAUGGGGUGCGGGUGAUUGGGGUGUGUUUUGGACAUCAGAUUGUCGGGCGCGCGCUGGGGGUGAGGGUGGCGCGGGCGCCGGUGGAGGAUGGGUGGGAGGUUGCGGUGACGGAGGUGGGGUUGAGUGAGAAGGGGAGGGAGGUGUUUGGGUUGGAGAGAUUGGUGAGUCGAGACAGAUCAGACGUCCUGCACGUUGGUUUUUGGAGAGGAAGAGGGGAUAUGCUAAAUUUGUGGUGUUUUCUAGGCGAUUCACCAGAUGCAUCGGGAUAUCGUAUGCGAAUACCCCCCGGGGGUGGAAGCGUUGGGGUCUUCGGAUCGGUGUCGCGUUCAGGGCAUGUAUGCGCCGAAGAGAUUGAUCACGGUACAAGGGCAUCCGGAGUUCAACGGGGACAUUGUUACUGAAUUGUUGGAGAAUCGACAUGCGAGGGGGAUUUUCGAUGAUGGGAUGUUUGAGGAUGGGAUGAGCAGGGUCAGGAAGCAUCAUGAUGGGGUCGCGGUUAGUGUGGCUUUCUUGAGAUUUUUGUUGGAAUGA